GACCACAAUUGUGCGAGCGCCUGUCCUCCCAAUCCCUCUUCGUCCUUCUUCUCGCGGUGUUGUGGAGUACCUUCGCUCUUUGCUUCUUUCUGUCUGCGUGUGUUGAUGCGGAAGCCGAGUCAGUCCGCUAGGCGUGUGCCUGCGAGUCCUCGUACACAUGUUAGUGUGAGAGGCUUAGGGGAGACGAGAAAGGUAAAAAUAAAGUCUUUGGUCAGAAGAGAAAGGGUAAAGGUCAUUCUCUCCGGCGUGUCUCCUCCAGGUUUCCUUUUCGUCGAAAAGGCACUCCAGAAAUACGCGCCCACAGCCUGCAGCUCGUGGACAAUCGAGAGGAGUGUCGGCGCCGCCUAGACACAGCGGCCAACGCGCGGUGAGGAGACAAGGGAAAACAGAUCCGAGUUGCAAACGACGCAUCGAGAGAGAAAGAGAGACUCUGUGCGAGCGACGUUGAGAGCAAACACAAAGAAAACCUACAUUACGCGGGCAGACUUGUCGGUCAAACCCACCGCGAGGACAGCUUGCUCGCGUGCGCGGUGGACUUGCGUUCAAGGUGGCAGAACAUCGGUGAAGACAGAUCUGUUCUCUCUACUUAGAAACGGAUUGGAAGCGCGGUUCCAUUUCCGGUCUCAUUCGUCUCAUCUAAGGGCUUUCAAAGGGGGCGGCACUUCCUUUCUUCCUUUCAGUUGAGACAUGCUGCCCGCUGUGACCUUUGACUCAACUCUGGACGGAAGUCGCUCAGGUGCCGGUCCCAUCGUCCUGGAAAAGGCCGCUCUGAGACUGGCUUUUUGCAGACAUUUUCUGAGAUUGUAGACCCUACCAGUUCGACUCCUGCUUAGAUUUUGAGGGACGUCGUUCACUGUGUCCAAGUGCUCUUGUGCUUGCAUUCGUGCCGGCUUGUCCAACGGCCGCCUCCCGUCGCAGGUCCCUUUUUUCAGUCAUUUAUUAACGGAUUUCCCCGCCAUUCUUCCGCCAUUUAUCCUGGCUCUCCGCUUCUCGUUCACCGCGGCUCCAAGUGAGAGGCGCGACCUCCAUAGCGCUCUUCAGACGGUGGCUAGAAAGCACAGUGCGUCGGAAAGGGCCUUACGUUGCGGUGACGACAGGAGACUUCGAAAACGGGAGGCAGGAGACGGGAAGGCGAGGAACAGACCGGACAACGGAACUCCACUGAACGUUCUAAGGCAACGACCAGGGUCGGAGUUACGCAUGUGCGACAUCCCAACAACGUGACUGCGCAUCGGGCACUUUGUAGGCUUCAGGGGCGCAGAAGGCGAGGACAGAGAAACCGGGGACGCGAGAGCGAAACACCGUGCAGAAAAGGAAAAGAGACACGUACGAAGACAUAAGAGAGCAAGAGGAGAGCGCGGAAAUGUGGAAGUUUCUCAGCCGGAGAAUGCAGAAAGGACGGGUAGACACGAGAGACACAAAUGAACGUACCUGUCUAGCGCAGGUUCCGUCUACUGAAUUCUGUCGAUAUGCGUGAUAACAGGACUCGAUGGAUUCAAGAGAAAGGGAAGGCGACUCGAUGAGAAGAACGGCGAAGAGGAACGCGGGAAAAGGGUCGUCUGAAGUGACACAAGUCGCAGAGAUAGGGGAAGGCAUGCAGCAGAAAAGAGUUUGAGAACCAACUGAAGAGCAGGGGAUGUGGAACGAAACGAGAUGGAAAGAAAAGCCCACCCGAGUCUAGGAAAGUGGAAAGACAGGGAGCGGCGAAACAGGACUUUCUUGUUUAAAUGAGAAACGAGAAGUGAAAAAAUGACGCAGAACCCUCACGGAUGUUCGUCUGGAUGGUGUUCAUGUGAAGCUGAGUAAUCUCAAGACGCAUCUAGAUAAAAUGCUUGUUCCAAACCAAGGAACGUGUAAAGACGUCUAAUGCUUGAAAGCAUGCGCGUAAAUCUCGUUCGUCAUCCGCUUCCUCCUCUGGCGAGAGUGCCCAAGAUGCAAGGGGCGUUAUAAACCAUGUAAGCAUUCUUCUGAUUUCCGUGAACAGAGUUACAAGAAAAGUAUCAAGACGUCUCCAGCUCUCCAUGGCGAUGCAAAGAGCCCCACGAAACUGCACCUGACUCCUUCAAGAGAAAAAAAGGACGGAAGCGGACAAAGCCACACAACAGAUUGCCUACCUCUUUGAAGUGAAAUAAGAUGAAGACGGCUACUGGUCUUCUCUUUCCUAAGUCGCGAAGACCAAGGGAGAAAGAGGGGAAGGCACUGUCUUCCUGCAACGAAGUUGACAAUCGAAGGCUGCGUUUCGAUCGGGUUAACUCGCGUCCACAACACGCUCCUUCGGUAGCGAAUUCCCCGAUCUCCUCUCCAUGUUCCUAUUCUGCGUCUCCCUUUUCUUCGUCGUCAUGUUCUUCAAGUUAUUCCACCUAUGGCCCUUCCCAAGGUACCCCUUCAGUCUCUCUUUCCACUCCUUUAGUCUCCUUUCUCCCUUCUUGCCCUGGUUCUUCGUACCUCGCAGAACCAGCCGACGCUGUGUCUCCCACCGUCGAGUCGCCUUCUGCAGAGUCUUCGCCGUCUUCUCCCUUGUCUUCCUCGUCAGCCUGUUCCUUCUUUACGUCGUCUGCGGCCGCAAGCGCGCCCUCGGCUCAGGCAGAGCGCUUGAAGACUCAGGCGUCGCCAACAGUGCGCAGAGGAGUGGCGUACAGGACCUUCUCACAGAAUUUCUACGCAGGUCAGGGCCAGGCGGACGACAUCGUGAUUCCAUUGCACGUGACAAAGGCGGUGUUUGGGACGAGCCUGCGGAGAAAGAAAGGGUGGGUGACCUGGUACGACAGCAGGACGCAUCGCCUGUCUUCAACGUCGAUGGGGCAGUGGGUUGCGGAGUCGAGGGCACUCUUUCUUCUCUCCCUGCGUGAGGGUCAUCGCGAAGGCGAAGCGCGCCUCGGAGGGGUCAUGGGGACUGAACUUCGAGGCAAAUGGACGAGCAGCCGUGGCCAAUCGCGACCUCAGAGGAAGAAGAACCACCAGUCGACCAGAGCAGAGGGCUGCAUAGUCGUCGGAGAACAGGAGAAAGAGAAGUCCGAGGAUCGCUGCCCCCGGGAAGGUGAGGCAGUGCCCCGUGAAAGACUCGAGAGAAGGGAAGGCGGCGAACAGCAGGAGAGAGACUGCGCGCGUGCAAGAGCCGGCGAAGGAGAAGCACAGAACAAUGAGGAACGAGGUUGGGGUGUGCGCUCGACGGGCCUAGAAGAAACGAGCAUGACAGGCGGGAACAGAGAGGGUGGUGAGGGUCGUGGGGGACAAGGAGGAGACCCGGGUGUCAUCCUGAGCAAACAGAGCGUUUUGGAAACGGAACUGGCAGACGAGAAAUUCAGAUCCAGACACGGAAAGGAAGUGAGAGAAGCGCGGGGGACCUCUUCACCCCAGCAGAGAGGCAGGGCUUCCUGUGGAUGCAGUUCGGCUGCGCUUUCCAGCACGCCUGUCUCUCCUUGCUUUGCUUCCUCGCCAGUGUGUUUGUCUUGUUUGUCGGCUUCCACCUUCAGCUGCACCUCAGUUAAAUCACGUUCUUCGGUUUCUCUUGAGGACGUCAGCAAUAUGUCGACGUCUCCGAGUUGUCCCGUCACUGGCGGGGGCUCGUCUGCGUGCAUGUCUUCGUCUCCUUCGUGCUCGCCUCUCUCCUCCGCGUCUCCUUCGUCUGCGCCUGCCUCAGCGGUGGGAUCCUUGUGGUGGAAUUCGCGACGCCUGAGCUCCUUCUGUGAGGGCAAGAGACCCCUCCGUCGGACGUUGUACGUCUUUCUUUUUCUGCACGGUUUGUCGCCCCCUGGCGUCGACUCCGACGUGACGGAGAACUGGGGAAACUUGAUUGCGGCUUUGCUGGAAAAGUUUCCAGAGAAGGAGUUGCGCGAGAGGCGCGGCGAAGAACCCUUCGUCCUCACCUGGGCCUUCACGUACCGACGCGCUACUUUCAGAGGCAUCCGCGCCUGCAUGGAGGCUCUGCUGCCUGCAAUGACCAACGAACUUGGAGCGCUCCUCCCCUUCUUCGACGCUCUCCACUUGACUGCCGUCGGCCACUCGCUGGGGGGUCUUGUCUGGCGUUUUCUCCUGGACAGAAAACUCAAAGACCUCCCACUCUUUCUCCCCACGCGCCGCCGCGCCUCCCAGAGAAAUCACAAACAACCGAACAGAGAAGCGGAGAACGACUCUUCGCCGGAGAAAGGGACCGCAGGCGGGAGCCGCCUCAGCGGGGCGCGUCGCCCGGUCGAAGCCUGGGGGGAAGAACCGGGAGUGGAGAAGAAACGUUCGGGGCUGCGUCUCCUUUUGAAGCGCAGAAGAAAGACCAGCAAGUUUUUUGAGGGGUCAGGAAGAACCGGGGCCGGUGAGAAAGAGAAAGAAGGGGAAAAACAGACUCGCGGGUCUUCGAUGUUCCCUUUCUCGCUGUCGCGAUUAUAUUCCUCGCCGUCAAAUUCCUUCCUGGACUCUUUGGAUUCUCCCUUUCGCGCGUGCUCACUCGCCUCAACUGCUUCCGCAGCUGGCCAGCGCGGUGCUGGGUCUGUUCACCUCUCGAAGGUUGAAGCAGAAAGACACGACUGCCCGUCGGAUCCGGAAGUCUCCCCUGGAACGGGAAGCCUGAGAAGGGAGGUGUUGGAGUUGUUCGACAAGAUAUUGAACAGUCCGAAAGUCUUGUUGGACGUCUUCUGCACUCUCGCGUCACCGCAUGUGGGGACCUACAAAUCCAAGCCCUUCGUCCGGGCCGUCCCGAAGGCGCUGUCUUUCAUGAGUUGCUUGCCGGCGAGCGAAAUCGCAAAGGAAAUCCUGAACACUGACGAACAGCAGUUGAUUCGGUGUCUCGUCGAGCACGAGAAAGCUGAAUGCAGCUGGCUGCCGUUCCAGAGUGUCGGGGACAGAAACAGAAACGCCGAGCUAGGCGAGAAUGCCCGCGGCGAAGGAGGUCAAGCGGAAAGAAGUGAAUGCGAGUCCCGUCGUGAACAGCAGUCCAUUCUCCGUGCCUGCGGGAACGACGAAGGCGGUCAACGCGGCAGUGCCGGAGGCGAAGCAGGGCAGGAGCAGAGAGGAAAAGACGCACGCGAAGAAAUGUCGAAAAGGACAGUGCUUGCAUUGAAUACGCGUGACGGAAGUGUACGAUCGGAACCUAGAUGCUCUUCGCGUGUUGCUCCCUUUUGCCACGCAGGGCGACCUUCUUCUCUUCUUUGUCCCCCUUUUCUCGUCCCGAGACCGAACUCAUUUGCUUCGACAGCCUCGCAACCCACCUCUGGGUCCUCCGAGACCGGCGUUUUUCCCCGGCGCCCUUCAACUCAGAAAUUUGCGCCUCUUUCCUCGGACCCUGAAUCUGACAACUGGACUCCGUUACCAGCCCUUCUAUCUUCCUGCGGUGGGAGCAGUACAGCGCUUCUAUUGGGGUCGCCUGCAGGGGCCAAGAAAAGUCAAAGGCUUGCAGACACGCCCCGGAAAGCGUUUCAGUCGGUUCUUUUUUACGGUGUCCUCGACACUGAUUGGCUAGUAAGCGUCAACAGCGCUCUGGGUACAUGCAUCGAUUUGAAAUUGACGGAGGUGGGCCAGGAGGCGUUCCGGCACCCGAUGAGGCCUAUCGAGUUUUCCCUCGACAAAGACCGGGAAGUGUAUCUCGAAGGCCGAACCUGGGGUGCAAACGACAAGAACGAGAAGGCAGACGAAACCGGAGGCAAGGGCAGACACGGCGAAAAGAGCGACUGUCGCUUUCGUGAUAAGCCACGGAGGUCCAGCGCGAAGAAAACAGAAAAGGAAAUUUCCUUAGCGGCAGAACAAGUGGAAGUGCUGCAGAGCCUCAAACACUUGAGACGGUUUGUGGUCUACAUUCCUCAGAACCCCGUUACCACUGCAGCACAUGCAACCAUAAAAUGCUCGCCGAAUUACGUCACUCAAGAGACUCAACGAAGCAUGAGGAAACAAGCAAACGAGAUUCUCCAACACAUCACCGCAGGUCUCCUAACCGGGGCAACAACUGCGGUCAUAGGACAUGGGGAUGCAGAACCCGGGGGGAACAAAGCCUAGGUAUAUUCUCCGAUUAACUUGUGCGCGACAGUCACUCCUAGAGAGAAAUAGACACUCAUAUGACAAUGCAAUGUUUUUCCCAAGGAACGACAAGUCAACUGGAAGCUAGAAUGCUAGCAAAAUGGCGGAAGAGAUGCACUUCGUAGUUCACGCAAAUAAGAGCCGCGCGCAAGGGAGACAGCGUGUGGCCUCCCAGCCAUUGCUUCUUCCAGCUUCUAAUUACACUGCGUAUUGAUAUUUGCUCGUGUACAUGAGUCCGAGUUGCCUUGCAAGCCAGGCGGCAGGCAUGAACUAGAUUCGUUGUCAGAAUGUGAUGGGAUGAGUGAGUGCUUCAAGUCAGUAAACGAAGUGCAGGAACACAGGUCGCCGAGGGAAGGGAUGAGAGCGGAAGAAAACGGCCUAGCAUUUUUAUGGGGGCAAAGAGGGUGGUCUUAGGACGUGCGAGUAUUUGGCGCAGAGCGCCUGAUGAUACGUUAUGGUCUUCGCGAGCUAACUGGACAACUGAUGUCUUGAGCGACAGCGGGUGGGCAGUAAAGGAGGGAAGGAUAGAGGGUGAGGAAUUACCCCAGGCUUGCGUUUCAGGGAAUGUAGGAGAACCUGCCAUGCUCCUUUUUCCAAACAGAUUUCGUCCAGUGAGAGGACGUAGUACGAGUUCGACUAGUCUGACAGGGAGAGGCAAACUCAGAAUGAAAGCAUUCAGUAUGAAUGUUUUGGUCUGUAAACACUGUGGCAUGAAGACGGAGCAAGAAUACGUCGAGUUCGCUCACGUGGGAGAAGAGUGGGUCCGAGGAGAAAACGGUUAAUGAGCGCUAGAAAGUCAGCGGCCGGUUGACAGGGGUUAUGAGAGCGUUGCCUUUUUUUUCAGUUACCCCAAUCGUUUCAGAAGACCCCUCUGUUUUUUAUUUUCUUUUCCGUGACGCUUCCCCUGAUGGUUCUUUGGCACCAUUGGAUUCCGGAUCGUUCGCAAACUUACAUCUGUGAAGGAGACAGAGGCUCCGCUGGUUCUCCCUCAGUUAAACACGGAGGCAAGGCGGAAACCGUGAUUGCCAACGCAUUCGUCCUGUCUCCAAGACUCGCUGUUUUUCUCCCCCGGAAACGUAAAGC